AUGGAAGGCCACCAAGAACACCACCACCACCAUCAUCAUCAAAAAAACAGCGAACGGAAGAAAUGUACGGAAGAUGUAUCAGCAGAGGGCCUUCCUCGUGCAGAGAGUGCUCGCGCGGAUCGAUUAGCUGAGGCUGUCCCAGUACCAAGUACGUCGCGGGAUUCAGCAAAUGUGAGGCAAGCUGUAGCACUACGGUUGCGCAAUUUGGAAUUGGUAAAUCAGCGAUUGAAUGCAGAAAAGUCCCAGUUAGAGCAUCAGUUACUACAUGUUCUAGAACGACUUGCAACAGGCCAGGUUCCUGGUAUAUCCGAUCGCGAGCAGGCAAUGACCAAGAGUGAAGCAAGGGAAUUCAUUUCCAGCCUGAUUAGUCAAUCUUCCACCGAUUCCAAAUUAACGCAACAAGAUAAGCCGGCACCCACUGCAGCUCCUUUGGCGGAAUCAGACUACUCCGGACCGCGGGAUAGCCUAGUUGAAUCAAACAGUGUCGUUAGUGGUUUCGACUAUUCGAGUCUUUCAGAUGCAUAUGAGGAACUGUGUCUACUCAAAGAUCCGGUUCAAAAAAUGUUUCAGUCUGAGUCGAGCAACUUUUCCUCCAAGAACGACGCGACAGAAGGCACGAGCCUCAAGGCGNCACCUUAUGUGGAACUCCCUAAGCUAGAGGCUGUAAAACUAAUGCCUGAUCAGCCAAGCUCACUACCUAAGCGGAAAACCAGCAGUGCAUUUACUACCUCAGCUCGUCAAGCAGAAAAGCAGCGUCUAGCGAAAUGGCGUUAUGAACCCCCGCGGGAUGCCCAGACGGAACUAGAGGUUCCCCCGACAACUGCAUCAGACUUGAACGAACAAUUCGAGAACAUUACGAGUGAGAUCAGUCCUUACGGCGAACCCUCUGAAUUUCCAACAAAGGACGACCGUAUUGAGGUGCCUGCGUGGCUUUCGCGAACAAGCCAAGCUUCUUCUCUCAGUCUGAUGAAUGUUUCUGCCAAAUUCCGUGGAUACGAUACCGAGUCCGUCCAGUCUAGUUCACGUUCCUGUUCCAUGUUUUCCUCAUCUUCAUCUUCACGCUCUUCUUCACCUAUGCUGCCAGUCUUGCCCCCAUUCGUGAAGCAAAUUUUGCCCAAAACAAAAGCACAACUUUCCUCUUCAAUGCCCACAUCACCAUUAUGGCCCACGUCUGCGCAUCGAAAAGAACGCCCUGCAUACGAAUCAGGUGAAAAACAUUCUCCAGACAGAACAUAUCCCAUACUUUCCCACGACGAACGCCAUCGGGCAGGUCCUCACGGUUCUUUACAUAUGUUACAAACCACUGUUGGGCGAAUACCCACGCGUCAAGAGCUAAUUACAUCAAUGCGACAGAUGUAUGGUCUUCCAGUUGCCACGGGGGCCACACAACGCGAAGGUAUGAUCGGCAGAUCUUUGCCCAGGCGUUCUACAUCAGAUCGGGUUCCUUCUACAGAAUCAACCAGGAAUACGUCUGCUGGACCACCAAAAGUACGGAUAUCACGACGGCAUAUUCAACAACCAGUGGCUUUGGAAGAAUCAAGCGACACCACCAGUACGACCAGUCGUACGAACCAUAUUGAGUAUGCGGGAGCGAAACGUGUUCUCAAACCAUCUCGUUUGCGGGAUACGGCACCAAUUACGAUACCCGUAGGUUUGUUUGAUGAGACGACAACUCCCAGAGGACGUAUAAGAGCUACGGAUGUCUCUCCGACAAUAAGUCGAACUCCAAUUCCGAAACUCUACAGUCCGCAGCCUAGAUGGAAGCACCAAACUCAAAUGGGCCGGUCCACUGACUUCCUCAAUAUGUUUGCCGAAUUCGGUCAGCAUUUACCCGCAACUGCUACUGCCUUGCUGCUUCCCGGUGACGCAACAGUUUUGACGUUUAUCAGCAAACUAAUCAGUGGUCUUGAUGCGUACACGUGCAGUCAGGGUCGGGCAGUUUUACUGCAGCGUGUGCAACCUCCCUUUACGUCCAUCACUCCUAUUCUCACUUCACAGGAAGCGAUAUGUCAUUCACAAGAAUCUAGUGAUCUUACUUCGGAACUAAGUUCAAACAAUCGGCGUCCGAAAAUUGUAGAAGCACCAUCGACUACGGAUAUGAAAGCACAACCGGGACCUUCUCACAGUUCAGAACCCACAACUUCAAAACCUUCAAUUUUCGAAAGCCCUUUAAAGGUUCCCGGUCCACCACUUACCUCUCUGGAGACAUUUCCUCAAAUUACUGGUUCGCACAUGGAAGAGACCGGAGAGGGUAAGCCGGGUCAUACGGAUAGAAUAAUUAUGCACCAAGGCCUGAUGUUCCGACUGAGUAAUAGAGUAAAGAUUUGGCGCCGAUAUUGGGCUGUUCUGAAUCCAUCGAACUUACUGUUGCAUACAAGUCACCAGCCUUCAAUACAAGCCCCUAAGCGAUGCAUUCUUCUAUCCGAUAUUCAAUCGAUUCGGAAGCCGCAUAACUUGUCUGCCUCAAUCACUACCGGAAUGGUUACAUCCAGUGUGUUGGAACAGGAUCGUCAGGGUAUAGUCACUAAAUAUCGUAAUGGCAGCGUACCGGUCACUAGAAAACUCGCCCAGUUGCACCAAGAUAAUCUGGGUAGGACGAACUACGGCCAUUUUGAGUUGAUCCUGACCUCGGGUAAAACACACCGACUUCGAGGGCCAAACACUGCAGAGACGGAACUGUGGAUGCGGCAGAUCAAACGCAUGUUGCGCGCUGUUCGUGCUCGUGAAGUGGUGCGAAAUCACGAAGCGCAAUUGGUUACUCAGGGAUGGUUGCAGCGUAUAAAAGGUGGUGAGAUUAGUUGGGUUUGGUGUCGUUUGAUGGGUUACUUCCUGGUUUAUGCUCAGAGUCCAGACUCCUUGGAACCAACUGGGUUCAAAUCUCUUGAAGGGACACAAAUUAAAACUCUGAACACCAUGUACUCAAACCCUAUUUUGUCCCGAGGAACGGAAAUCCGUACCGAGGAUUCGACACGACAAGAUCACUCAGCUGAAAUUCCGGCUACCUUGAGUUCCAGCUCAGACUCAGAUACGUUAGCGACCGGAGAUUCGGAUGUUCGUAACCGAACAAUUGCUCUGUGGACAGACAAAUCUGACCCGGUUUAUUUAAUUUGUCGCACAGGUGAGGAGUUCAAACAGUGGCGCGAUAAUUUGGUUCGAGCUUGCCACCAGGUCAAUUUGACGACAAUGGAUCGUCCAAUAGAACCGAUCGAAGCUCAAGGUCGCCUGAAAGAUUACUGGAGGGUGCUGGUUCGUCCGCCCUACACAAAUGAUCCUUACCAUACAAACGAGUUGAUUAAGCAGCCUUUAUCGAAAACUACGGAAGGAAAACAGUCGGAAUAUUGUGUAAAAAUGUUUGCCAGUCUGUUGUUCCUCUCGUACCCGGAACUGGAAAAUGUGCAACAUGGUGCUAAAGUGAAUUUGUCGAAUUUACUCGGGCUCUCGGAAUGGUUAACUAUGAAACAUCUGAUCGUCAAACACUUGGCUUCUUUGUGCUUCAGUUUGCCCGGAUUAAAAGAUGAACUUUUCUUGCAACUGAUCAAGCAGGCCAUGCUGUCUGACACACAAACAAAACGACUGAUACGCCGUCAAUUUCCGGUAAGUCCGCGUUCUAUGAGACCGCGUCUUCCGUUAUUUUGUGCCCGUUUGCGCUCGGCUGACGAUGCCACAUCCAGACGCAAACCUCGAGAUAUUAGCAGCCCUCUACAGUCCAGGUUGACAGAUCCCAGAAGAGUGGAGUUUAAUAUUCCACUGGAAAGAGCUACACAGUUGGGGGACUUGUCCAAACAAUUGACAUCAGACGCUCGCCUGGUGUUUCCAGUUCCCAGUUUUAUUGGCCUCAUCAGACCAGAAGGCUGGUGGCCUCUAGUAGCAGUGUGGGAGUGUUUAUGUCUUGUACUACCUCUAUUCCUUCCAUCCCCUCCAGUAUUGCAUUGUUUGGAACUGUUAAUCAGCAUUUAUCACGAUGCGGAUGGUCCAAUUCGUGAAAAUUUGGCUAACGGAGGCCUAAACGCGGAACUAGCUCGAUAUGCUGCAUUUUGUAAGGAUGCACUCACCCAAACACUUCGAUACGGUGGACGCGUCGAGGUGCCGUCCGCUUUGGAGGUGGCCUCUAUUUCCAUUCGGAACCCGUACACACACAGUUAUCCGUUUAGUAUUCCAAUUUAUUUGCCCAGUGGUGGUGUAUAUGAGGUGAUCAGUUUCAAUGGAGGUUCCGAAUUCUCUUAUGUGAUUCAACAAAUCGUACGAAAGCUGGGUCUCUCCACGUGUGCACAAGAUAAUAGCUGUUUGUUUGCCAUCUAUCUGCGUCUCAAUCCGUCGGGAAAACCGCCGAAAUAUGUUUACCUAAGCCCGGAUUGGAAAAUGUGUGAUGUGAUUUCCCUAUACGAACAGGCUGUGCUCGUGCUGAAUCAGCAGGAACAACAGAAAGUUCGUCUGGAGGAUGCGACAGUAGAACUGGUGUUUCGUAUUCAGGCAUUUUGUUGGAAACGGUUGAAGAGAUUUCAUGCGUCUCAAGUGAAAUCAUUGAUUAGUAUGCUUGCGCACCAACUUCAUACUGACCUGUUAAGUGGAUCAUAUCAAGUUUUACCCACGGGAAGUGAGCUGUUGGAUCUUGCAGCAUAUUUGUGUCGAACUGAUCAUUUUGACUAUUCCACAUUGCAACGUCAAAGAGAGAUUGAUUUGAACCAGCUAAUUCACACUUAUUUCCCAAGUGAAUGGUUGCAAACCCUUUCCGCGGAUAACCGUUCGUUCAUUCAGCUCAAACUGUUGCUCCUGGAUCGAUGGGGAUGGUUGUGUCAACACCCCGUAGAUUUGCGCCACGUUUGUGACAGCAAAGCUGUUCAAGAAACAAAAGAUGAAACCAUGGUAACCGCCAGUUCGGUUCAUGCAUGUUUUUCGUAUUUGAGAACGCUGAGAAAUUUGGCUUCAGCUAGAUUUGGGACAACUGCAUUUGCCUCACAUGUGUUCAAUCUUCCAGGUCACGUGGAGAGUGAAUUGGUUUGGCUGGUUCCACAAGAGAACCAAAUAAAUCUCCUUGUUUCAAGCUCGAACAGUGCACAGUGGAUGGGAGGUAUGAGCCGAAGCCAGUCAGCACAAGAUCGUACGCAACGUAGUCUAAAUUGUAUAAAAUCGAUACCAUACGGUGCCAUUUUGUCGUUUGGUGGUCAACGAAGUGGUGCGUUCUUUCUAGUUUACGUGGAUCGUUUGCCGCACCUGAAACGUGGCGCUAAAUUGCACACUAUAGUUGCGGAUGGGACAACAAACACAGGUUCGACAAGUCAUCGUGACGCUUUUGUGAUUGCCAACCAUUUGACACGUCACGAUCGUGUUCCCCGUUCAAGUCGGAUGAAAGAUGAGACUUGGCUCCGAAAAUUGCGCAUACAUCUGACCGAUUUGAAUGCUGUCCAAGAGCUCACGGACACAUUAGUUUACUUUAUGAACCUCGCCUGA